AGGAUGUCUAUGAAAUGGGUUUCAGUUCUUCUGCUGAUACAACUGAGUUGUUACUUUAGCUCUGGAACUUGUGGAAAAGUGCUGGUAUGGCCAACUGAAUACAGUCAUUGGAUCAAUAUAAAGACAAUACUGGAUGAACUUGUUCAGAGAGAUCAUGAAGUGACUGUUCUAACAUCUUCAGCUUCCAUUCUUAUUGAUCCUAACACACUAUCUGCUAUUAAAUUUGAGGUUUAUCCUACAUCUCUUACUAAAGAUGAUUUUGAGUUUGUUUUCAUGAAAUGGAUCAGGAAAAUAACAUAGCAUCUGCCAAAAGAUAUAUUUUGGACAUAUUUUUCACUACUACAAGAAAUGGCUUGGGAAUAUUCUGAUUGUAUUGAAAGGCUCUGUAAAGAUGUAGUUUUCAACAAGAAACUAAUGGUGAAACUGCAAGAAUCAAGUUUUGAUGUUGUUUUUGCAGAUGCCAUUGGUCUUUGUGGUGAGCUGCUGGCUGAGCUACUUAAAAUACCCUUUGUGUACAGUGUCCGUUUUACUUCUGGCUACACAUUUGAAAAGUAUAGUGGAGGACUUUUAACCCCUCCUUUUGUACCUAUUGUUAUGUCAGAAUUACAAGAUCAAAUAACAUUCUUGGAGAGAGUAAAAAAUAUGAUAUAUGUGCUUUAUUUUGACUUUUGGUUCCAGGGAUUUAAUAAGAAGAGGUGGGAUCAGUUUUACAGUGAAGUACUAGGAAGACGCACUACCUUAUUUGAGACAAUGGGGAAAGCUGAAAUAUGGCUUAUUGGAACUUACUGGGAUUUUGAAUUUCCUCACCCAUUUUUGCCACAUUUUUACUUCGUUGGAGGGCUCCACUGCAAAUCUGCCAAUCCUUUGCCUAAGGAAAUAGAAGAGUUUGUCCAGAGCUCUGGAACACAUGGUGUUGUGGUGUUUACUCUUGGGUCAAUGCUCAGUAACAUCACAGAAGAAAGGGCCAAUACGAUUGCAUCAGCCCUUGCCCAGAUUCCACAAAAGGUGGUGUGGUGAUUUGAUGGCAAGAAACCAGAUAUCUUAGGACCCAAUAUUCGACUCUAUAAGUGGAUCCCCCAGAAUGACCUUCUUGGUCAUCCAAAGACCAAAGCUUUUAUAACUCAUGGUGGAACCAAUGGCAUUGAGGCUAUCUACCAUGGGAUCCCUCUGGUAGGCAUUCCCUUGUUUGUGGAUCAACCUGAUAACAUUGCUCACAGGAAGGCCAACGGUGCAGCAGUGAGUCUGGACAUGAAAACAAUGACAAGUACAGAUUUGCUCAAUGCUUUGAAGACUGUCAUCAAUGACCCAUUCUAUAAAGAGAGUGCUAUGAGGUUAUCAGCCAUUCAUCAUGAUAGGCCUGUUAAGCCGCUGGAUAAAGCUGUCUUCUGGAUCGAGUUUGUCAUGCGCCACAAAGGAGCCAAACACCUUUGCCCAGCCACCCUCAGCCUCACCUGGUACCAGUACCACUCUUUGGAUGUGAUUGGGUUUCUACUGGCUUGUGUGGCAGUUGUUACUUUUCUUGUCAUAAAGUGUUGUUUGUUUGGUUAUCAAAAGUUUAUGAAGACAGGAAAGAAGAAAAAGAGGGAGUAG